AAUGACGUCGAUCACACACUGGGUGCGCUGUAUCGCCUGGGUGGACAGUAUAGUUACUUCAACAUUAAAUGGAAUAAAAUGCCGCGGAUUCAUGUAAAUUGAGAAAUAAUUAAUUAAUGUUUCUUUAUUAAGACCUCACAACACAUAGAGCGCGUGACGACAGGCCUAUUUGGGGCUUUUUAUCAGCAAUAUUUCAGGCGUUGCUGCAUGAGACAAAACUCUGAAUCGGAAGACCUCCUCUCCUCAUCGUCUCCCAUUUCCACAGCACCCUUCUCGCCGCCCGCAAAGGAGUCGACCGCGUUGCCUGAGCACACCUGGGCAGAGAAAUGUGCGCGUGCGUGUAUCCUCGGAUGCAUGACUGUGUCUGAGAGUUUUGGGCUGAAGUAAGAGGUUGGCGUCUGCAGUUCAUCCCUCGCCUUCUGAGACGCGCGUCUCCACUCGAUUGACUACAUUUAUCUCCAUAACUGCAAGGCAUUAUGGGUAGGAAAAAGAUUCAGAUCCAACGGAUCACUGACGAAAGGAACAAGCAGGUGACAUUCACAAAGCGAAAGUUUGGCUUGAUGAAGAAGGCCUACGAGCUGAGUGUGUUGUGUGACUGCGAGAUCGCUCUGAUCAUCUUCAACCACGCCAACAAGCUGUUCCAGUACGCCAGCACCGACAUGGACAAGGUCCUGCUCAAGUACACAGAGUACAACGAGCCUCACGAGAGCCGGACCAAUGCGGAUAUCAUUGAGACUUUGAGAAAGAAAGGCUUCAACGGUUGUGAUAGUCCAGAGCCGGAUGGUGAAGACUCCAUCGACCAAAGUCCCCUAAAUGAUGACAAGUACCGCAAGACCACAGAGGAUCUGGAUGUUCUCUUCAAACGCUACGGACAGUCGACAGCGCCGUCCCAGACUUUCUCGAUGCCUGUCACAGUCCAGGCGUCUAAUCCAAGCUCAUUGCAGUUCAGUAACCCUGGCAACGCACCGGUAACUACCUCCUACGUAACAUCAUCAUCGCUCACGGAUACCCACCUCCUGUCGCCACAGCAACCGGCUCUUCAGAGAAAUACGGUGUCUCCAGGGUUGCCACAGCGACCAGCCAGUGCAGGUGCUCUUCUCGGAGGUGAACUGAAUAAUUCAAAUGGAGGAUGCCCGAGUCCAGUCCCUAAUGGAUAUACCAGUGCCAGGGCCUCCCCAGGCCUCCUCACUGUUUCCAACGGCAACAGUCUGGGGAAAGUAGUUCCGGCCAAGUCUCCACCCCCACCUCCCAGCCCCCAGAUGGUCAACAGCCGCAAGCCAGACCUCAGAGUCAUCACCUCACAGGGCGGAAAGAGCCUCAUGCAGAUGACAGAGGAUGAGCUGGAGUUGGUAAACGAGAACGCCCAGCGGUUGGCAGCAGGAGCCCAAGCGGCACAAAGCCUGACCACACCGGUCGUGUCCGUGGCCACGCCGAGCCUCCUGGCACAAGGGUUGAACUUCUCAGCCAUGACCACGGCGUACAACACAGAGUACCAGCUGACCAGUGCAGACAUCACAGCUUUACACGCUCUGGCAUCACCUGGCGGAUUGUUGCCAACCAGUGUGUCCACAUGGCAACAGCAGCAGGCUGUUUCACAGCAGCAGCAGCAUCAACAACAACAGCAUCAACAACAACAACAACAGCAGCAGCAACAGCAACAACAACUUAAUCUUGCUACACUCAGCAACUUGGUCAUGUGGGGCGUGGACAAACAGAGCAGCGAGCUGUCAAGCCAGGUGUCCAGUCCAGCUGCCAACCUGAGUGUUUGCUCUCCGUCCAACCUGCUCUUGGGUAGAGAUGAGUGGUUGGGCCGGCCUGUGACCCAUAUACCUCAAGGCGCCAUGCUGACAGUCAACACAAACUCCAGCGUGAGCAUCAAGACGGAGCCCAUCUCGCCCGGCAGGGAUCGCAGCACCCCGUGCCCUCCGCCCUCUUCCUCCACGCCGUCCUCGACCUCCGGCGGAGCCGUUUUGACCGCGCCACCGCAGUACCCUGGCUCCCUGCUGUGCCUGGAGCCCCCGACCGGCCGCUCGCCUGCAGACAGCGUCAGCAGCAACGCCAGCUCCUUUGAAGGCAGCGAUCGUGAUGACAGUGGUGCGGCCGGUGCUGGAGGGGGCGGAGGGGGGGGCGGCGGCGGCGGAAGCAGCGCAACUGAUGCUGCAGGAAGAGGCGGUCCGGGCAGCCGCCCUGACUUCAGCCCCUCGGCGGAGCUCCUCAGGGCGUCAAAUGAACCGGAGCAGGAGGGAGGAAACAUCAAGCGCAUGAGAUUGGAUACCUGGGUCACAUAGAGCUGUGAGCCACACCUCUUUGCACCAACAGUCCAGUUCUGGUGAAACAUAAACACCCACCGUCCCGCCCCCAACGCCAUGUGACAUUAUCAUCACUCGCCCCUGUCCCAAAUUAUUCAACUCGCCUGCGUCACCCACACUUAUGAGACUUUGCCAAAUAUACAUUAAGAAAAAUAAAAAAAUAAUGUUCUGGGGAUAACGUUGUGCGUGAGGGGGGGGGAUUACUUAGCUGGAUAUUUCCUCCCCUGUAGGUCCUUGCAUAGAAGGACAGUAGAUUCAUGUUCUUUUAGUAGUAAUUAGUGCUUUUUUUUUCUCAAUCUCACAAAAUUGCUGAAAUCAUUUCUUUCACAUGCUUUCACCUCCAUGUAUUUACAUCGAGCACUGCUGAAUUAUUCACAAUGUGGUGGCGGCUUGUCCACAUCAUGGGACUUGUAUGAAAUCCAACACGGCUUGGAUUGUGUAUUCUCCAUCCUUUUAUAAGUCACUUCAAAACUGCACUUUUGCAUAGAACUUAAUUUAGACAAAGUUUGAGGACUGAGCUUCUAUCCAGCACUGAGCAACUCUUCUAGGUUAAGAUGCCUAAUCCAUCAGUGGUUCUCUCCGCUGCCACAUUUCCCAACUUCCUCCACCCGGGCCGGCUCGAGCCCUCGGGCGGAGCCGAGCACCUCACAAGAGUGCCAAUGUCACCCUCUACUGCAACAACUAAAAUGCCAAAUGUCACACAAACGAUAGAACGACAUUGACUAAUUAUCACUGUCAUGGAAACUAGAAAAUGUUGAUGCUUUUAAUUUGCCGUCGCUGUCCUCAGACGGGACGCUCCUCCCGUCCUCUCACCUCAUCCUACGGCAACUUUGGAAAUUGUUGCACCAGAAAUCCAGUCAGCCACUCGGCUUAUUACCAGGAGUAGAUGCCAUCAAGUUUAAUGAUUUUUUGAGCCUCUCUGGUGGCGUUUUUGGCAGUAGAGCUAGUAUUUGGUUCUUUCAGUCCAAAUGUCCUUUAUCUGUUGGUAUUUAGACGCAGAAAAAUCUGUUUUAAAGGUCUGUUGGUUGUUCAGAAGUAGGAAUUCUGACUGUAUAAAAAAUCCCUCCUAUACAAUAGCUUUGAUGUCCUCUUAAGCUCUCUAUAGCUCUCCUUAGCUCUUUGCCGUGUUUCAAAAAGUAAAAGGAAAAUACAUUUUCUAUAUUUCUACCGCUUCAGUUGGCGACAAUGUAAAAUAGCUUUUCAGCUUAAACAACGUGUAUGUACAUAUGACUAUAUUUGCAUAGACUUUGCUAGGUAUCCCUAAAAACAAGCAAUGUGUUGAUUCUCAGUGGAUCUGUUUGCAUAUAUGAGUGUGAAUUUGAUAUGUUUCGGUGCAGGGGCUUCGCCACACUAAGCAGUGCUGGUGGAUCGGACUCGUUUCAGUAAAACUAUUUUAUGCUAGUGUUGAUGGUUUGUGCACUUUUUGUCUCACUCACAGAGGCCUGCUUGGUUGUGGUGUCAUCAUAUUCUCCUGCCACAAUUUUCUUUUUUUUUAAACCCACAAUAAAAUUGUCCAUUAUCACCUAAUUAUGAAAUAAUUAGGACACCGCCGUUCACUUAUUGAUACUCUUUUCCACAUAUAGCUUACACAGAUUAUGCCUUUUCUCACUCAGAAAUGAAGUGCUGUGUUUGUUGUUUGACUGUUUGUUUUCUAGUACGAAUUUGUUUGGUUUGAACCAUUUUAUGUUUGUGUACAAGUAUACAAAGGCUGUUUAUAGCCUGAAAAGACUCCUGAUUGCUGGACCUUUUUUCCCCCCUUGAGACGAUGCUCAAAGUGCGGACGGCCGUGUCUGCUGUUUGUUGACUGUUUAUUAUAUAAAACAAUCUUACACUUUUAUAUCGGUGUAGGGCAAGUGGACACAGCGUCUUGUAUGAAUUAAUGGAGUUUGGUGUGAUUAGUAGCAGAGUGUGACACUAGUGUUUGGGUUUGUGACAAAUAUCCACAAAAAACAUCACCCCCAGUGUGCAACAUUUUCACAGCAGUGUUGCUUUUUACAUCCCUAAUUCGACAGUGUAGCCCUUUGCUCCGCUAUAUUCAGGUUAUUUCUUUUUUUGUCUUUAUUCAAUCAAUUUAACAUGCAACACGUUCAAUAAUAUUGUUAGAGGAAAUUGGCCUUUUAAGCGGUUAGUUUUUUUUCCUACAUUUUGUGAAAUUCAUUUCUCACAGACAGUUGGAUGAGAAGAUGAAUUGAAAUAAGUGUAGUAAAUGUCAAGUCAGCACUUCUGAUACCACCUUUUUAUUACGAUGGUCAUCAGCUAAUUCCAUCCAAAUGUCCAUUGACCAAACGGAUAUCAGUGGUAUGAAACUUCUCAUCCAACUCUGUGAAAUAGAAUCCGUAUAUAUUUCAAAAUGUGGAACAAGAUAUUUAAACUAAAGAUCGUUUGCACCCUUCAGCCGGAGCUAAUCAGUCAUUCCCAUUUUUACAUCAACUCAACUUCAGUGGAAACUUUGUGGGCGCUGAUGGUUGACUGAAAUGUGACACCACACCGAUUGGCUUAUUAAUGUACAAAAAGGUUCUCUAUUCCAAUCUAGCUGUUUAGUCACAAGACAAUCUAUAUGACAAAUGAAAACCUGCACCCUUGUUACUUGUUGUGUACAAUGUUUUUUAGACUCACUAUUUUUGGAUUAAUUUGUGCUGGUGACAGUUCCAUUGUCUAUUAUUAUGGAGCUAUUAUUUUAUUGCUAUUUUGUGUAGGAUAGUUUUUAUUUUCUCUCAUUUUCUCUUAUCAUAGUACUGGUUUCCUUUUUUUUUUAACAACUUGCUGAAAAUUGCACGAUCAGUUAUUGUGGUAUUAGCAAAUGCAAUGAAGGAAAUACCAGUUAAAUGCUGCAGUUUUAAUUAAGAUAAAGAAUAUAUUUAUAAAAAAACGGGAAAUUGAAAUUAGUAAUUCAUGAAAUUUGAAGAAAAAAGUUAAAUGCAUGGGAUACAGGUAACAGAACGUAUGUUACGCACAGUAAUGAUUAAGGAUAUGCAUCACAAAUGAGUUCAACUCAAAAUAAUGUAGCAUAUGAAAUACUAAAGAUGAAAUUUAUAGCUAAUAUAUUGUGUUGAGCUAGUCUUUGUUUUUGUUGUAAAGAAAAUAAUUUGUUUUUGAGUGAUUUACAAUUUGUGUAUAUUUUCAUAUACAAAGUAUGCACUGAUAUGUUAUUGAAAUUCUAUACCGCUUUUACAAAAAAAAGUGUUUGUUGUACCAAAGUAUCCAAGUCCCUUGAAACCUUCCCCUUUUUGCGUAUGUUUUACCGUAUUUUAUAUAUUAAAUAGACUGAGUGAAAUGAA